AAGACCCUGCAAGUUGCAGAUGUGAAUCAUUUGCUUCCUUUUUAACAUGAGGAUUCUAUUACAACAUUUGGCAAAAACCCUAGAAGAAAGAAUUUAUAUUAAGCAUUGUUCGGCCUGAGAGAGGCAAGACACUUUUCUGAAUCUUCACUCCCCUCUUAAUCAGCAUUUCUACGUAAGGACACCACAUGAAACAAAUCUGGACUUUACAGCACCAAGGCAGCUCUGCUGAAGGACUUUAGAAAAUGGAGCUUUAUUGUUUGCAAAUUCUGUCUGUGUUUCUGCUCAUAACUCAGAGGAACACUCAGUGUGAAGUUCAAGAUGAAACCAUGAUUCGAUACAUCGAGAAACGGAUUUUGAGUCUGGAGGACAGACUGCUCAAGUGCGAACAAGAUGUACAGCAUUACCUCCAUGAAUUUCAAGAGUUGUCGCACAAGCUGGUGUCAAGCCUGGACAAGUUCAGUAGUUAUAAAGUGGAAGUGAAGGGUGAGAUGGAAAAUCUGUGGGCAAGACUGGAAAGAGCUGAGUGGGAUAUUGACUACCUGGAGAGUACGAGUUCCUCAAAAACCCAAGUGGAAGUUGAUGACAAACUGAUGGAGAAGCAACUUCUCGAACAGUCAGAAGAGAAGAGGAAACGGCGGCUCAAAUUCAGCACAAGCUGCACUAUAAUGCUGGCACAAAUCCAGUCGUUAAAAACUGUGAAGAAAUCUGGGGGCGCUGUUGGCGCUUGGAUGAAAAACGCCGGCGACAAAUCAAAAAACAUCUAUUUCUUUACUUCCUCCAGCAACAACUUGCUUCUAGAAUUUGCCAACAUUGAGGAAUUCACCAGCCGGGAUUUCCUGCAAAGAGCAGAAUCUAUAAAACUGCCGUUCUUCUGGCAAGGAACCGGCCUCCAAGUCUAUAAGAAUGAGGUGUUUUUCCAUAAGAAGGGCACAAUGAAUGAAAUUGUUAGAUACAACAUCCAGAAGAACAUUACACAGUCUAUGAAUCUGGAGGGUGCUGGGCAUAGUCCACCCUACCAGCUUUCACCAUACACAAAAAUUGAUCUCGCCAUAGAUGAGCAAGGUCUAUGGGCCAUUCACGCUGAACCCGAAGCUGACGGCAACCUGGUCCUUACAAAAAUAGACCAGGCCGACAUGGCAGUGACCCAAGUGUGGAACACAACCUGCAGCAGCUAUAACGCAGAGGCAGCCUUCGUCAUAUGUGGAACCCUGUACGUCAUGUACAAUAGUCCAAAUGGUGGUAGAUCCCAUAUUGACUGUAUCUUCGACACCUCCGAUGUCAUUGAUGGCCACGAGACACCUACUCUGUACUUCCCAAAGCGAUACAGCCAUCACUCUUCAGUGCAUUACAAUCCGAGAGACCAAAUGCUCUACGGUUGGGAUGAUGGCUACCAAAUCAUCUAUAGGUUUGAGGCAAUGAAGAAGUAUGAGAAUUUCUGAAUACGAGAAAACAUUACAUUACCUGGUGGGCCAAAUGUAUCACCCGACCUGUAUAUUGUCUCUGUUGCCCAUGACAAUCAAUCAGAUUCCAAUCUUCAUUUUAUCACUGUAGGUUAAAAAUGAAAGUA